CUGUCUCCCCCAGCGCGCUCCUUUAAUCCGUGUCGCAGCGAGAGAAAGGGAGAAAGGGGAAGAGGGCGCGGAGAGAAUAGCGAACCGGUCCCCGCAUCCUUCCAGAUGGCUGCCUCUGAAUCAGCGGGUGAGAUUGGGCUCUCGGGUUCAGAGCUGUAAGGAGCUGGUGUUCCGGAGAGAGGCGGCUCUGGUGUGACAGCUUCCCGCUCAGCAGUGCCUCGGGUUCGGUUUAAGGUUCGUUGGGUGUCAGGAGAUAUCUCAGGACAUGAAGGGUUGCUAGUUGGAUGAGGAUUCAUUUCGGGAGCAGCUGAAAGUGUUGUGUCACAUUUUCAACCCAAAACUCUUUCAGUGGCCUGUCUUGGAAGCAAAUUUGCCAGUUUGUGAGAUGGUCACAUGACUGCAGCAUGAUUACCAAAAAAGCCAAUUUGCAACUUUAGCCCGCCUCAGCGAACAAUCAGAGACUCCCACCCACACACACUCCCACACAUGUGUGCCGUUUGCCAUGAAUCUGGCCACCAAGCUGCGGAGGAAUCUGAGGAGGCUGGUCAUCCUCCUCGCCACCUUCUGUAUGGUCAGCGUUUUAGUCUCCGCCUACUACCUUUACACAGGCUCCACCCAAGGACUGGACCUCGCGGACCGUGCCGCAGGUCCAGACUGUGCCGACCUCCGGGUGCUCCCUUUCCGACAGUCAGAGCCUCGGACGCCUAAACCGAUCGAUCCGUCACGUAAGGAUCCGGUGGUGUUGGUAUUUGUAGAGAGUCAGUAUUCUCAACUGGGACAGGACAUCAUCGCCAUUCUAGAAUCCAACCAAUUCCGUUACCAUGCCGAAAUUGCGCCGGGAAAGGGUGACAUCCCGCCUCUAACGCACAAUGGCCGUGGACGCUAUGCACUGGUCAUCUACGAGAACCUUCUCAAGUAUGUUGGGAUGGACGCAUGGAACCGUGACCUUCUGGAUAAAUACUGUGCCGAAUACAGCGUUGGAGUCAUCGCAUUUCAUCGUGCAAGUGAAAACUCCCAGCCUGCACUGCAGCUUAGGGGUUUCCCUCUGUCAUUGCGAACAAAUGUUGCACUUCGAGACUGCUGCGUAAACCCCCGCUCACCUCUGCUUUACAUAACGCGGGCGGAAGUGGAUCGUGGCCACUUACCAGGAGAGGACUGGACUGUGUUUCAGUUCAACCAUUCCACGUAUGAACCAGUCCUAUUAGCUAAAACUCGGCCCAGUGAGAGUGGAGGGGCCCAGAUCAUACCAGGUCCCCAGGGUCUCCAUGCUACCGUCAUGCAGGACUUGGGCCUGUACGAUGGGGUGCAGCGUGUGCUGUUUGGACAUGGGCUGAGCUACUGGUUACACAGACUUAUACUGGUGGAUGCCAUCGCUUAUCUCACAGGCAGGAAGCUGUCACGAUCUCUGGAACGUUACAUCCUGGUUGACAUAGAUGAUAUUUUCGUGGGGAAGAAAGGGACAAGAAUGAAUGUGAAUGACGUGAAGGCUCUUCUAGAAACACAGAACAUGCUGAGGUCGUACAUUUCUAACUUCACCUUUAACCUGGGAUUUUCUGGGAAAUUCUUCCAUACAGGUACGCAGGAGGAAGAUGAUGGAGAUGAUCUGUUGUUGAAAUAUGUUGAUGAGUUCUGGUGGUUUCCUCAUAUGUGGAGUCAUAUGCAGCCUCAUCUCUUCCACAAUGAAUCCUCUCUGAUGGAACAAAUGAUCCUGAACAAAGACUUCGCUUUG